AUGAAUCCUUGUGCAACCGAUAAUUUCACGGUGGUCGUGUACGAUGAACGAAAGGUGCCUGUCAUUCGUGCGACGACAACGAAUUCCGUAAUGACUCGCACCCAGCUGCCGACUUGUGUCAAUUUGACCGUUGGUGUGUCCGGUACUUUCCGCCUCGGUGCUGACCCCGAAGUGCUGGGGAACGAGCGCUUAUUACCAACAGUUAUUUGA